AAUUACCUAAGUAAUUAUUACGAGUUAAAUGCACAGAGUAACAUAAUGUAAUGAAGUUGAGUAACAAUGCGUUCCUAUAAUAAUGAGAAAAAUUUACAAUGUCACAAGGCAAUGGUAUUCUGCCCACUUACUCGAAAAAAAAAGAUACUGUAUAUAGAUGUAGUCGUUGCAUAAAAUUAAUUAUUAUGUCUUCAAGUUGGUAGUACUGUUUUUCUGUCUAAUAUGAAUAUCUCUUUUGACAUUGACAUCUUAACAAAACCAAAUUUUACAAUUACUAACAAUAAUAUUAUUAGACUUGAACCAAAAACUUUUAUAGACGAUAAUAGUGAAGUUACAUAUAAUAAAGAUUUAUUUUAAAACCGGAAUCAUUUUGUGUCAUUGUAAAAUGAAUGAAUACCUGUCAACAACUUUACUUAAAAUGAAAUCAAAAGACUUUACUACAUUAAACAUUGUAAUUGGAAAUGAAAGUUGUGAUUUAGACUCGGCAGUCAGUUCUCUUGUCUAUGCUUCAUUUCUCAAUUGGAAUUAUGAAGAAUCUGCAAAGGAAAAUGAUAAUUCAAUUUUCAUCUCUAUGCUAGACGUUGAUAGAUGUGACUUUCCUUUGAAAACCGAGGUUGCAUUCUGCCUAAACGAAUGUGGGAUAUCGGAACAUAAUUUAAUUUUCCGUGACGAUAUAGACUUACAAGAAUUAGUAACUACAUAUCAGACGAAUGUGAUAUUAGUUGAUCAUCACGUUUUGUCGAAAAGAUUACGGUACUUAACUCAGUAUGUGAAUGAAAUAAUUGAUCACCGACCAUUGGAUAAAACUCAAUGGAAAUACAAGGAUGAUGUUCGUAGUUUCAUCGUAACCGUUGGCUCCUGUUGCACGUUGGUCACUCAAAGGAUAAAGGAGCAAGGUGUGAUUGGGGAUACAUUUUUCAAAACAUAUCCUGUGUGUGCGGAUAUUUUACACAAUGUUAUAAUAUUAGACACAGUCAACUUUUCGAAGGAAGUGAACAAAGCCACGCUCCUCGAUGAAGAUAGCAUCGUUUAUUUGGAGAAAAUAAUGAAAUUGGAAAAUAUUCAAGAUGAAAGGCAAUCGAAGUUCGAUCGCUUGCUCAGAGCGCGUAGUGAUGUCUCAUCGCUGACUCCGUCACAGCUUCUCAGGAAAGAUUUGAAGAUCUUGGAAGAUAUAUUUGUCCCGAGCUUCCCUUUACUUGUUAAGGAAUUUCUUCAAAAACCUCAAGCGCUUGAAGCUGUUACUGAAGCCUUAACGAUGAGAAGUUGUAACGUGGCGGUUCUACUCGGUAUGGACCUUAACGAGGGUCUGAAGCGAGAUGCGGCCAUCAUCAGCCCUGCGUGCCCCGAGAGGGGAGAAAAGCUAGCAAAGUUUCUCCAAGAAUGGUCCAGCCCCUCACUUGAACUGGUAUCCGAAUCUGAAGCCUGUCUGUACUUCAAACAGAUGAAUCUAGCAGCGUCCAGAAAACAAUACAUGCCGGCUUUGAAUGAUUUCUUAAUUAAUUACAAAAAAUAAAAAUAA